UAACAAAAUACAAACACUUUCUUUUGAUUAGUGACUGUAAUAUAUUCGGAUGGGCUCCCUGUGUUGUACACCAUAUUUGGAAUGCCUCGUGGGCAUGUCGGGGGUUGUUCAGAAAUAAAUGGAGUUCAGUUGUUGUGUUCAACGAGCUGUCUAUUUCUUCGUGAUGUUUUAGUCCCGAAAACAUUACAUCUGGCGACGAGAACCGGAUCUGUGGAACACCAUGAGUGUCAUCGGUCAACUAAGAGAGUUCGACCGGCAAAAAGAGUCGUUUGAAGCUUACAUUGAGCGGCUUGAAAACUUCAUGAAGGCGAAUGGCGUGCGAAAGGAGAACGAGGUAGCUGUCUUGCUCACUGCAAUAGGUCCUGAAACGUACGGACUGUUGAGGAAUCUUUUGACUCCGGAAAAACCUGACACCAAGACAUAUAAAGAUCUUGUGGAUAUCUUGAGUGGCCAUUUGCAUCCGAAACCCUUGGUUAUUGCCGAGCGAUUCAAUUUUCAUAACCGGUUUCGUCACGACUCCGAAACAGUUGCGGACUUUGGCGCCCAACUAAAGAAGCUUUCAACUCACUGUGAGUUCGGAACUUUCCAAGAUGAAGCUUUGAGAGACCGUUUUGUAUGUGGUCUACGCCAGGAAGCGAUUCAACGGAAACUUUUAACCGAGAAAACCUUGACGUUUGCGAAGGCUUUGGAGAUCGCUCAGUCGAUGGAAAUGGCGGAAUCGAAGUCGUCGGAAUUGAAGGGCUCUGGAUCGUCCGGAUCGGGCUGCGUUGAAGAAGUUCAUCAGCUUGGAAAAAAGCCACAGAAACACAAGAAAUUCACACAGAACAAGGGAGGAAAGCCCAAAACAGCAUGUCAUCGUUGUGGCAGUGCUGAACAUGAUGGUAAAUCCUGUAAAUACAAGAAGUAUAAGUGUGAUAAUUGUGGCAAAGUGGGUCACCUAAAGAGAGUCUGUCAGUCCAAGGAGUGCAAGGAAACCAAGUAUGUUGAAGUUUCAGUGGACAAUAACCAAGAAGAUGAGUCAUUGGGGUUCUUUUCAACUCGUGAACCCAGCAGCAAAGCAGUGACAGUAACUAUCACUGUUAACGGAAAGGAAAUUCCAAUGGAAGUUGAUACGGGAGCUGCACGCACAGUCAUCCCUGAAAAGUUGUUCAAAGAGAAUUUUGGACAUUUGAAACUCAAGAAUGCAAGUACCUCAUUAAAGACUUAUUCUGGAACAGUGUUACCUUUAAUUGGUGAAACCGAAGUUCUAGUUGAGUACGAGGGUCAAAGUGCCAAGUUGCCUCUGAUUGUGGCAAAAGUUGAGAGCAAACCAGCUAUUCUGGGUCGUAAUUGGCUCAGUGUUGUUAAGCUGAACUGGGAGCACCUUUUUAGUGUUUCUUCUUCUGAUUUAGUUCAUGAACUGACUGCACGGUUCAAGGGUGUUUUCGGUACGGGCCUGGGCAAAAUCAAGGAGUUUCAAGCAAGAAUCAAUGUGCAACCUGAGGCCACGCCUAGGUUUCAUAAGGCUCGCCCCGUGCCGUAUGCCCUAAAGCCAGCAGUUGAAGCAGAGUUGGAUCGCAUGGAAAAGGAGGGGAUCGUGACAAAAGUGUCCCAUAGUGAGUGGGCUGCCCCGUUAGUGGUCGUCCCUAAGGCAGAUGGUGGUGUUCGUUUGUGUGGAGACUACAAAGUUACGGUGAAUCCAGUUUUGGACGUCGACCAAUACCCUCUGCCUAACCCUCAAGAUUUGCUCAGUGCUCUGGCAGGUGGUACCAAGUUUUCUAAACUUGACCUCAAGCAUGCAUAUCAGCAACUGCCUCUUGGUGAGGAGUCCAAGAAGUUCCUCACUGUCAACACCUGUAAAGGGCUCUAUCAGUAUAAUCGUUUGCCUUUUGGUGUCGCAAGCGCACCUGCUGUAUUUCAAUCUACUAUUGACACCAUUCUCAAGGGCAUUGAUGGUGUUGUUUGCUAUAUCGACGAUAUUUUGAUCACUGGAAGGAAUGACCGGGAACACAAAGCAAGAUUAGAGGCGGUGCUGGAAAGACUUGAGAAAUACGGAAUUUCUCUCAAGUUGUCGAAAUGCAGUUUCCUGGAGGACAGGGUCGGUUUUCUCGGUCAUGUCAUUGAUGCCGAGGGUGUCCACCCUUCACCAGAGAAAGUUCGGGCUGUUGUGGAUGCUCCUGCGCCAACUAAUGUUACCGAGUUGAGAUCUUUUCUGGGUAUGUUACAGUACUACGGAAAAUUUCUUCCGAACUUGUCAACAUUGCUGCACCCGUUAAACAACCUCCUGCGGGACGGGGUUGAGUGGUCAUGGCUGCCAGAAUGCGAGCAAGCCUUCACCUCUGCAAAAGAGCUCCUGCAAUCAGCGAAAGUCCUAACUCAUUAUGACGUCAAUCUUCCAAUUAAAUUGGCUUGUGAUGCAUCACCCUAUGGCAUUGGAGCUGUUAUUUCACACGUUAUGCCAGGAGGCGAGGAGCGCCCCAUUGCUUUUGCCUCAAGAACCCUCACUGGUAGUGAAAAGAAUUAUGCCCAGCUAGAGAAGGAAGCCCUGUCCAUUAUUUACGGAGUUAAAAAGUUCCACCAGUUUUUAUAUGGGCGACGAUUUAUUCUGGAGACCGACCAUAAACCACUCCUAACAAUCUUAGGGCCAAAGUCGGCAAUUCCCACACUAGCUGCGGCUCGUCUUCAGAGGUGGGCUUUAAUUUUAGCAUCCCACCAGUAUGAUGUCGUUUACCGUAAAGGUGUCGAUCACAGCAAUGCGGAUGGGCUGUCCAGACUUCCUGUUGAUAAGCCUAGAGUUUCAGAGGAAACUGAAAUUUAUCAUUUCAGUUAUGUGGAUGACCUACCUGUAACGGCAAAGGACAUGUUUAUGAAAAGUAAUGGAAUACGGCAUACACGGGUCCCUCGCUAUCAUCCCGCUUCUAACGGGGAGGCGGAGAGAUAUGUUCAAACUCUCAAGCAGGCGUUACUUACCAGCAAGUUUGAUCAGGGGAAAUCGCUACAGCAACGGCUGUCAAGUUUUCUGUUUUCGUACAGGAACACGCCCCAUACGGUUACUGGGCAGACACCUGCUGAGUUGUUCUUGAAGCGUAAGCCUCGCACACGUUUGGCAUUGCUUCAGCCCAAUCUGGCCCAGCAUGUUGAGGAGCGUCAGAUGAAGGAAAAGCAACAGCAUGAUGGUGGCCGAACAAAAACUCGUGAGUUUCUUCCAGGAGACAUUGUUUUAGUUCGUAACUUCAGAGGAAAACACAAGUGGGAUAAAGGAACAGUGAUCUUGAGAAUCGGUCCCCUAGCAUACCAGAUACGUAUUGGAGGACGAAUGUGUCAUGUACAUGUUGAUCACCUUCUAGCAGCUGGUGAUGCGGAGCACACAUCCCCACCAACUACAGCUACAGCUAUGACUGGGAGUGGCUUUGUUUUGCCCUCUACUCCAGUAGUGUCCUCUAAACCCAUUCUUCCUGAGCCUGAGGUUACCCCUCUACCUGAAGUCUCACCUAAAUCUUCAGAGACUGUUGUUCCUACAUGUACAACUGAGUCACCACCUGCCGUGGCAUCUACACCUGUGAGGUGUUACCCAAGGCGUACCCCUAAACCUGUAGUACAUCUGGACUUGUAAAGAGACUAUUAGAUGUAUUUAGCUCUCUAGUCAUUGACAUUGUUUACAUGUUUGUAGCUAGUUCAUUCCAGGAACGGGGAGAUGUAAUAUAUUCGGAUGGGCUCCCUGUGUUGUACACCAUAUUUGGAAUGCCUCGUGGGCAUGUCGGGGGUUGUUCAGAAAUAAAUGGAGUUCAGUUGUUGUGUUCAA